GUUAUGCGAUUAUUUAGAAUCAAAUCUAAAAAACAUGACGAAAAGGACUUUAUUUAUAUUUGCAAUAGCAACUAUUGUAAUAGUAUCGAUCAUUACAUUCAUUGCAUUCCGCACUAAUUCAAAUGCUCCGUUGGCACCGAUGAAAAGUGUUUUAAUCGAUAGAGAGAUAAAAGAAGAACAUAAGGAAAUUGCAGAAAAGUAUCAUGGAAAUAAGGAGACUAUAUUCAAGACCGAACUUGGGGAAAAGAUAGAAAAAGUCGUUCCGUUCGGAAUUGCGCUGUUAUCAAUGUCCCAAUUGGACAAUACAAAGACUCAGUAUUUAGCAGACGUAGAAGAUUUAAUACGAAGAAUAAAUACAAAACUAGGAGGGCCAGUAAGUAAUGAUCAUACAAUACCUUGGGCUGAUGAUUGGUACCACUGUUCCGUUUCAUUGACUCGUUUGCUCGCGAUGUACGAUUACAUUGGAAAAGAUAAAGAAAUUAUAGACAUUUGUCACCGUAGAAUUCUUGAGAUAAUACCGAAAUUAAAUCAAUCAUUAGGCUGGGUCCGGACAGAUCAUUACGUCAUCUUAUUAGGGAUUCCACGUUUAUUGACACUUAAAAAGCACAGGCCGGAUCUAUAUGAAGUAGAUAUAGGAACAAAUGAGUUUAUAGAGCUUCAAAAACAAAUUACUUUAAAACCCAGGACAGAUAAUUUAGUAAAAAAUGGUACUUAUCAAGACUAUUCGUGUAUUCAUGAUAAGAAAGUCGCAAGUUUUCUAGCGGUAACUGAACUCGGAGGUUUUUAUCUCAAUGCAUAUCACACGCUCGGUUACGAAGAAAAUAGAAGUCAGUUCGUAAGAAAAUUAUUGGACAAAAUUCUCCAUCCGGAAUUGGAUUUUAUACCCUACGGUCUUUUCAGCCGGUAUCCAAAAAUAGUUUGGGAUAGAGAAUUAAGAAAUCGUUGGCCAAAUUACAUAAGAAAUAUAAAUUAUGACGUAAAUAUAUUUCCUUUCAUCGGUCUCGGUGUAUUCAAAUCAGCAAGAUUUGUAUUUUCAUUGCGCGUUCAACGUACAGGCAUCGCUGCUUACGAAAGCGAUAAAAAAAAUCAACAAUUCGCUCUUGGAUGGAUUCAAAUGCGUAAAUUAUAUCUCCUGAGAAAUGAUUAUAGUAAAUAUAAAGAUAAAGAUGGAAGUGUAAUGAAGUGGGAUAAACUUAAAUUCCAACCGGGUGUCAUUUCAUUUGGUAAUGCCUCAUAUGAUAAUUUUGAAAAUUUCAAAAAUCCAAACGGAACCGACGGUCCUUUCGUUCGUUCAAGUUUUUGUCAAGAGAUUGAAUCAUAUAUUGGACAUUUGAAAACUCGUAGUGACAGGAAACUACUGUACUGGUUCAAUAAAUAUAAAUUUGAAUCUUUCUAUGGAAAAAAUGUUGUAAUUUCGGAAAUCGGUGUCUGUACAGACAACGGUUUAGUUAUGCGUUAUGAAAUUGAUAAUAAUUCUGGUAAGGAAUUGAAAUUGAUAUUAAAUGACGAAGAUAUUAAUUACGAAACUGAAAAAAUGUAUUUUGAAGCUUCUCCUAAAGAUCCCGGUACAGGAACUUCGAUCCCUAGCGGCAAAGGACCGGUAAUAGUUAAUUGGUGUCAGCUAUUUAAUGAAAACACUGAGCCUAAAACAGUUGAAUGGAAUGAUGCAUUGAAUUCUAUGUCAUUUACCUUUGACGGCGAUAAGUAUAUAAUUGAACAUCAUGGUAAAGGGCGUGGUCAAUAUCACAUUGUCAAAUGCAAUGAUAAAAUAAUACUCGCGGGCGAUUCGAGUAGUUUGCGUGAUAGCAGUUUUACUCAUUACGAUACAACGAGUAAUGAACGUAUAUUAUUUAAAAGAGAUCCUGUUACACUUAUGUACCUUCUCAAGGAAAGUUGAUUAAUGAUACAUUUAUAUGAACAUUUGAAAGAUUGAU